GUGCAGGCAGUGGAGGAAGUUGUGCAUGUGAAAUGUAGAGAAGCCAAAAAUGAUGAGGGUAAGAAGCCUGAAGAGAUGUUUAAUGAAACUCACAAGGAGCUGAUGAAAGAUGGAGAAAAAUGGGCAAAGGAAACAGCUGGGACAUUUGCAAUUGUGGGCGUUCUCGUUAUAACUGUCACGUUCGCUGCACUCUUCACUGUCCCUGGGGGUCUCCAUGAAGACACUGGAAUGCCGACUUUGAUAAAGGAAAAACGGUUUACUGUGUUUAUUGUAGCUGAUGUAAUCUCUUUCUUGGCUUCUAUCAUUACAGUAUUGAUAUAUAUUGACCUUCAAACAUCGCGCUAUGCUGCAACAGACUUCCUAGAAAGAUUGCCCACCAAGAUAAUGUCUGGGCUUGGGUUCCUUUCCCUGUCCCUAGUGUCCAUGAUGAUUGCCUUCUGUGCUGCUCUUGGAAUAGUUCUACAAAAAUCAAGCUUGUACAAGCACCUCUUUGUAGGAGUCAUCAUAUUGGCAGGCAUUCCCUUCAUUUUACUCAUACCCUCACUGCUCAGACUCCUACUUCAGAUUUUCCCAUUUAUAACAAAAAAUCCCAUCACCAUUCACCACAAGUCAACCUUCAUCGGAAAAUUUUUUCGUAAUCUGUUAUUGUUGCCUGUCAAAGCAUGCCGACAUUAAGUAUCAUUUCAAAUUAUUAGUUAAUGUUUUAAUUUUUCUCUAUUGUUAGUCACGUUAGAUUAUGUUGAA